AUGAUUUUGAUGCCUUCGUUCUUCCCUCUCACUCUCAUCUUCACCGGCCACUUGAAGAACCUCUUACGUGGCGCGGCCUCGAUCGUACUACCGAUGCAAGACGAACGCCUGCGAGACAUACCGACUCAACUCCCUGGAUCUAUGGGCUCCGAGAACUGUCACGAUAUCAGCGCUUGGUCCUCAGAUGCUGCGAGUGACGAUUGCCUGCUAUUGGGCACCGCGGCGAUCGAAAAAGAAGAGGCUCCGCAAGACGCGUCGACCCAGUUUCAUCCCAAGGACAGUCUCCACAGAGCUCCCGCGUCUUCUAUAGGACGACUUCCGCUCGAACUCCUUUCUGAAAUAUUCCUCUACUCCGCCGCAAGACACCGUAGGAUGCAUCAAGGGCGCGUCAUCCUGCGCAGACUCCUCACGCAGAUUUGUCGCUCCUGGAGGUUCGCCGCGCUGGGAACUGUGUGGCUUUGGAACGAUAUCGUUGUCAACACGGGCGACAACGAUAGCGCCUACAACCUUCUGCGCCUUCAACUCGAGCGCUCCAAGCAGUGCCCACUUGACGUGUUGCUGUACCACGACGAAGACGAAGACUUGCAGCUCGACAGCAGGAAUACGACGCGAUCAUGGGAACUUGUCCUUCAGCACAGUCAUAAAUGGCGGAACCUGCGCAUCGAGAAUAUUGAUGGCAAGGAUUUUGAGACCAUGACUCGCCGGCCCGUCCACCUGCCCCUCCUCAAGACGCUCGUCGUUGCGAGUGACUUAUUCUACCCGUCGCCCAUCCUCUUCGACACACUCGCGGACGCGCCCCGGCUUUUCAUCGUCUCGCUGACCAUUGCUGAUCUCCGAGGCCCCCUACGCUUUCCGCCUGGCUGGCGCCUCCGCAGCUUGACGCUCGAUCUCGAUCGUGUCCUCAACUACGCGCACUGCAUGCCCAUGCUCCGGGGAACAGAACACACGCUUGAGCAUCUCAAAAUCGAGAUCGCGUUCUGCAUGGACACGCAGGACUUGAGCGCAGAGGGCACCAUCUGCAUGCCCAAGCUGAAGAGGCUGAGAUACACUUCCUAUGGGCGCUUCCUGACGAAACGCAUCGAGGUUCCCGGACUUGCUUCCCUGAAGAUCAAAGACUCGUACGGAGACCUACCCUGCAUGACCCCUGUCGGCGGCGGCGCGCACACAGGCCUCUCUUUACGCAGACUUACCAAAUUGGUGCUCGAAGACGCACGAUGGGACACGACACCUUUCUUGGAUGCUCUACGCCACGCGCCGAACGUGCGAUACCUGGAGAUCAAGGAGACGCGGUGGUGGCGCAGCGAGAGCUGUGUCACGGUGAGGCUGCUUGAGGCUUUGACGCGCGGCGGGGCCGACGUUGGCGGUGCGAAUUCCACUUGCCCUCUCCCUGCGCUCGACGAGAUGCGCGUCAGCCUCCGGUUGACUACCUGCACUAGCUCGUUGAUCCGAGCGCUCGCGAGGAUGGCACUCUCACGCAGGACUGUCGACGACGCAAGCGACCUCAAGCCACUGCGCGCCUUCAUGGCCGAGCGGUUGACGGUCCGCAAGGCAUUUGGAAGGACGGUGCUGCAUACGAAGACGCUCAUGGCAUGGGGGACGGGCGGCCCCGAAGUUACGUGCGAUGAGCUCGUUGUGGGCGGUGUAUCGUGCGCUGGCCAGAGCUUGGAGAGCCAGCGGCGCGGUCGGGAGCGGACUAAAAUCCGUAGUAAAGCAUACGUGCCAAUGUCAUCGUCGCGCGGCUACGAGUCGGCUUGAAUCAUGCUCGUCUAAUAUAUCGUUGUUCUUCUGAGGUAGAAUACAAUACGUUCCGAGGCAGAUCAGAACCGACGUCAACUACAAACCUGUCACUUGCUCCUCGCACCACUCCCACAACGCCUUUCCCAACUCGGGAUCCUCAGCCCCCGGUCCUGGUCGUCCUAGGCGCGCCCAAGGGAUAAGGUACUGGAAAGAGUAGAAGUAAGACAUGGCUUCGAGAAUAUGGUCAACGCACCUUGCCAUUCAGCUCCUUCCCGCCCUUAGUGCCAGCGUAUAGCUGCGUGAGCGCACCGAGUGGCGUAGGAUGCAAG